UUCAUCUCAGACUCUUCACUUUGUGCAAAAUGAACAAACUAUUCUUUGGUGUCCUUGUGUCAAUCCUUGUUGUCUACGGCAGUGUAGAUUGCAGAGUCGUUGGCUCGCCUUAUCAACUAAUUGGUUCAAAAUAUUAUUAUAUUGAACGAUCGGAAGAGGUCACUUGGUUUGGAGCACUUCACAAAUGUCAGGCAAUUGGUGGACAUUUGCUUAGCAUCAAAAAUCAAACCGAAUUCGACGCAAUCAAGAGCAAACUGGAAGUGGAAAAGGAUUAUUGGAUCGACAUUAACGAUUUAACUAAAGAGGGAGAAUUCCUUUCGGUGGUUACUGGUCGAAAUGCAACGUAUUUCAAUUGGCAUGAAGAUGAACCAAACAACGGUGGCGACGAUGAGAAUUGUGGCGAAUUGUGGUACGUUAAUGACGAGCACCUGAUGAAUGAUGAUUAUUGUCUAGAGAAAGAAUUCUUUAUUUGUGAACCCAAAGACCAAAUUUGAGUAAGCAAUGAGUUCUUAAUAAAUAUGAAAAAUAUGCACUAUUGAUAAAUAGAUU